AUGAAGGAGGAAUUGGCACAGGAGCUUGCUCGUCAGAACAAAGAUCAAAUUGCAUCUCGCGGUGGUAUCUCGAAUACCCUAGAAGAAAUAGCUGCAAAACAGAUGGGAAGCACGGUUGCGAGUCCGGUUCUGGUGUCUCAGCUUCCGGUUCCCGAGGCAUUUGCACGGCUUGAUGAGGGCGGCAACCAAAGGGUUAUCGAGGCGGUUCGUACCGCAGGUAAUGGAAGGACUGUGGCGGGUCAGUUGGAGAAACCAACGGUGCCAGCUGUUCCGCAGAAUUCGACGGUCGAGCAGAAUACUGUGGCUGCACUGGUCGAGUGUACAGUACGGGAAAUGCAGGCUAGACAGGCCAAGCAGCACGCACAAGAUAAACAGGCCAAUCGGCAUGCACAAACUACGCAGACUACGCAAACUGUACAGACUACACAGCCUACGCAAGCGCGACGGCCGGGGCUAAGACUCGACCAGGAAUUGUACCCGGAGGAGGAUUCGCAGAAUCUGCUGCGAGAGAACACGGAUGAAGAGGACGGGGAUGAGGAAGGGGCCUGGGAGGGGGAAGACAAUGGCUACUAA